AUGUCAAUUGAUAACUAUUACUUCCAAGAUCCUAUUUUUAAAAAGUUUAACGGGACGAAAACUAGGAACUACAAAUAUUGGGUAUACGAUUGGUAUUCACCAACCAAUCAAAAGAUUACUACCACUACUAAUAAUAAUAAUAAUAAUAAUAAUAAUACCAAUGAAAAAGUUGUUUUUAAAUAUAAAACAUGGUUUGAAAAUAUCAACGUUCCCUUAGAAACUUCGGAUUCCGAAAAUGAACUUAUGGACUUAGAUGAACCAUAUAAAACUAUUUUUGAUUUAAAUUUAUUUGACCGUAAGAACAACAUGGGCAAUAAAAGAAGCGAUGGAUUAACUAUGGAUGAUAUAAGAGGCGCUGUUGGUACUGGCGGAGAAUCUAUUCCCGGUUUGUCUUCAACUACAGAUGCCAUUAAAGAAACUUCUAAAGAUGAUGACAUUAAUAAUACAGCUAACAAAGCUCCAGUAGAAGUGGCAGCAGCAUCUGGAGUUGGUAAUGAAAAAAUUAUUAUUAAAGAUGAUACUGGGAAUAAAGAAAAUCUUAUAGAGUCUACUAAAGAUGUUAAUAUUAGUAAGGAGGUAUCGAAUUCUGAAACGAAUAAUGACAUUGCUACCGCUAAGGUCGAUGUUAAUUCUGGAAAUAUUGGCACCGCACAACCAAUUGAAGAUAAUAAGGAAGAAACGGGUAUUUCCAAAACGAAUACAGAAGAUGAUCAGGAACAAAAGGAUAAAGAAGAAAAGGAUAAAGAAGAAAAUGAACAGGAACAAAAGAAUAAAGAAGAAAAUGAACAGGAACAAAAGAAUAAAGAAGAAAAGGAUCAGGAACAAAAGGAUCAGGAACAAAAUGAACAGGAACAAAAGGAUAAAGAAGAAAAUGAACAGGAACAAAAGGAUAAAGAAAAGGACCCGGAACAAAAUGAACAGGAAGAAAAGGAACAUCCUUCGGAAAAAGAAAAUAAAUCUGCACCUACUAUAGAUUCAUUUAAAGAUGGUAUAAAGGAGGAUUCUCAAACAAAAAAUAUACAAGAAAAUGUAGAAAAUAUUGAACAUUUGUCUGUUAAUGCUUCUGAAAAACAAAUAGAAGACAACCCCGAAAGCAUCUCUGAAAAUAAUACAAUUAAAGAUUCAGAAGGAGACGUUGAAAUGAAAUAA